CACACACACGCCUCUGCUCUAACAGUCGUGGCUACAGCGUCUACAGGGGAGCAUUCUACACUGCGUAUGUGUAAGCUUGGGGUGUUUAUCUGUCCGUACUCCCUUACCCCUCAUUCACUUCCCCUCACCAUGUGGAAGGAUGAGGUUCGUGUGUUUUUGAUCGUCCUCAUGGCCUGUUACCUCACCACAGACCUCAUGUUGUUCAGAGGGAGGAAGUAUGAGGAGAAGGAGGAGGAGGAGGGAGAAGGAGCCUCUACUUGGCAAUCAAAAACAACACAACAUAUGACUGAAGACACCGGAGACUGGAAAGCUCGUCUGGAAGGGCCGCUGGAACCUCAUGAUCCCCGGCUCAUCGCGUGGAUUAGGGGAAACCAUCUACUGCCGCCAUCCAGUCUGGCCUAUAGCUUGGAUGUGGGGAUCAAUGUGGAUUUUACUAAACUGCCCUACUGGAAGAGAGUCUACCAGGGGAUAACUGACCUGUUGGAGGGAAAGCGAAAUGGAUUCUUCCUGGAAGCUGGAGCGCUGGAUGGCUACUACCAGUCCAAUACAUUCUUUCUGGAACGUGACCAUGGCUGGACCGGUCUCUUGGUUGAACCUAACCCCGUCUUCUUCCAGAGGCUUAAGGGAAGACAUCGUAAAGCCUGGGCCUCUGAUCUCUGUCUGGGGACCCAACCUUACCCUUUUAAGACACACUUCUGGGUAUACACAGGCGCUGACCCUAAGCAAGGACUCAUUUCGGCCUCACGUAGCAGUCUACUUAAAGAAUACAUCCAGAACUACGGUGAGGAGGGCCUGAAGAGUGGCACUGUGGUGGAGGUACAGUGUGUCCCUCCCUAUAGUCUGUUACUCGCCCUUAACGUCACUCAGGUCGACUUGUUCUCCCUGGAUAUAGAGAAUGCUGAGGUACCCGUCCUGAUGGCCUUCCCCUUCAACGAGAUCCAUGUCGAGGUUCUGGUGGUGGAACACUGGAUCACCUCACGACAAGAGGACAUAGAUAACUUCAUCCAACUGGUGGAGAACAAGGGCUUCAGCUACUACAGGCGGGACAACCAUGACUUCUUCUUCAUCCACAAGACACCUCGAUGGGUUACCGCCAGACCUGGGGACCCUGGAGCCGUAGACAACACAAAGCCUUAUGAUGUGCUUCGAGUACCCGCCAGCAACUGAUCGAUGUCAACAAUGAUUCAGAUGGGUUUUUUUUUUCUUACGUCAAUUGAUUCUUUGGCAAUAUUCUACUGUCAGCUUAUCGUACGUCACAAAUAUUCUACUGUCAGCUUAUCGUACGUCACAAAUAUUCUACUGCCAGCUUAUCGUACGUCACAAAUAUUCUACUGUCAGCUUAUCGUACGUCACAAAUAUUCUACUGUCAGCUUAUCGUACGUCACAAAUAUUCUACUGCCAGCUUAUCGUACGUCACAAAUAUUCUA